UGUGCCCGCUGCGCCGCAGCUGUCCGUGCCUGCCGCCACCUUCCCGCCGCCGCCGCCACUGCCAAGAUGCCCAAUUUCGCCGGCACCUGGAAGAUGCGCAGCAGCGAGAAUUUCGACGAGCUGCUCAAGGCUCUGGGUGUGAACGCCAUGCUGAGGAAAGUGGCCGUGGCGGCUGCAUCCAAGCCGCACGUGGAGAUCCGCCAGGACGGGGAUCAGUUCUACAUCAAGACAUCCACCACGGUGCGCACGACUGAGAUCAACUUCAAGGUCGGAGAAGGCUUUGAGGAGGAGACAGUGGACGGACGCAAGUGCAGGAGUUUAGCCACUUGGGAGAAUGAGAACAAGAUCCACUGCACACAAACUCUCCUCGAGGGGGACGGCCCCAAAACCUACUGGACCCGCGAGCUGGCCAACGACGAGCUCAUCCUGACGUUCGGCGCCGAUGAUGUGGUCUGCACGAGGAUUUAUGUUCGGGAGUGAAGGCGGCUGGCUUGCUCCGGCUUUGGGGGUGGAUUCAUGUUCCCCCGAGGAAUGUCAUAGUUCUGAGCUGCCAGUGGACCUCCUCUUCCCCAGUAUCAACAUUAGGUGAUCCUGUUUUCCCCACGAUAAUGCUGUAGUGUUUCCCCCCAAGGCUUCGUGCCUCUGUGUCCCUGGUGCUCCAUAGUUUGGCAUCUCUAUGGUUUCAUCAGCCAUUAA